CCGGGGUUUCCGUCUGGCGGGAGGGCCUUUCCCCAAGCCGGGGGUCUGCGCUUAGCCAGGGCCUGGAAGAAGAAGAGCGCAGCCCCUCCGACAGCCGCCGGGCUAAGGGGAGUCGGCACCGUCGGGAAAGCCACUUUCUAACCCAUGAAGCCCCUUCAGCUACUUUCUAACCCAUUGGAACCGACGAGGACCUUCGGCCAUCGAGGCAUUUCAUCCCAAGUAGCCUCGCUCGGGGAAAGCCGCCCAGGUUUUAAGUCCCUGGCAGCCCCGGUCCGAGGGGGAGCUUGCUCGACGGGAGCCAUGCCUUCUCCCAAGGCCCUCUUCUUGGCCCUGGCCAUCUUCGCCUCCCUCAUCCAAGUGGUCAUAGAAGCCAGCUCCUGGUGGUCUCUGGGCAUGAACCACAUGAAUCCUAUGAACCCCGUUCAGAUGCCUGAGGUGUACAUCAUUGGAGCCCAGCCGCUGUGUAGCCAGUUAGCAGGCCUCUCACAAGGACAAAAGAAACUCUGCCACUUAUAUCAGGACCACAUGCAGUACAUUGGCGAGGGAGCAAAGACGGGGAUAAAGGAAUGCCAAUAUCAGUUUCGCCAUAGAAGAUGGAAUUGUAGCACCGUGGAUAAUAACUCUGUUUUUGGCAGAGUCAUGCAGAUAGGCAGCCGGGAGACUGCCUUCACUUACGCAGUCAGUGCCGCUGGGGUUGUUAAUGCUAUGAGCCGUGCCUGCCGAGAGGGGGAGCUUUCUUCCUGUGGUUGCAGCCGGGCUGCCAGACCAAAAGAUCUGCCUCGGGACUGGCUAUGGGGUGGCUGCGGGGACAACAUUGAUUAUGGAUACCGCUUUGCCAAGGAGUUUGUGGAUGCUCGUGAACGAGAGAGAAUAUACCAGAAAGGGUCUUAUGAGAGUGCCAGGAUCUUAAUGAAUCUCCAUAACAAUGAAGCAGGGAGGAGAACAGUGUAUAGUUUGGCGGAUGUGGCCUGUAAAUGUCAUGGUGUGUCUGGAUCCUGCAGUUUGAAGACUUGUUGGCUACAGCUGGCUGACUUUCGCAAGGUUGGAGAUGCACUGAAGGAGAAAUAUGACAGUGCAGCAGCUAUGAAAAUCAAUCUCCGGGGCAAAUUGGUGCAAGUGAACAGCCGCUUCAAUGCACCAACAAUCCAUGACCUGGUGUACAUUGACCCCAGCCCUGACUACUGUGUGCGCAAUGAGAGCACUGGUUCCUUGGGCACGCAGGGCCGGCUGUGCAACAAGACUUCAGAAGGCAUGGAUGGCUGCGAACUCAUGUGUUGCGGCCGGGGCUAUGACCAAUUCAAGACGGUGCAGACGGAGCGCUGCCACUGCAAAUUCCAUUGGUGCUGCUACGUGAAAUGCAAGAAGUGCACAGAGAUUGUGGACCAGUUUGUCUGCAAAUAGGUGGAAAUGGGUGGGAGGAGCUGUUCUGAUCUACCAGCAGGGGGAUGGGGGUGGGACUGCCCCAAGAGGAUCUCCACUCUUAUUUAUAGAGCCCAAUGGGUUGCUUUUCCUGUUUAUAUAUAUAUUAAAAAAUUGUGCAAAGAGAAGUGAUGGGAAUCCUUGCUGCAUCCAGUUCAGACUGUGCAUAGUUUUAUAUAUAUAUUUUUUUCUAUAAUGGGGGAAAACAUGAGAUAAUAUUUAUUUUACACAAUUGGAAAUAAGACUUUAAAACAAAAAGACAGAGUAGCCUGAAGGAGGAAGUUCACCCUAUUUCCAUUUAGUCUCAUGAGACAUAGUCAGUAGAUGAGAUAUCCAUGUGCCAUGCUUUAGACCAGAACAUGAACCAGGUGGACUUGGUGACAUGUGUAAUAAGUUGUUCUUAGCCCACAUUUUCAAAAGGAAACAAUCAGAUACAACAUUAUUCUAGAUGAACGAAUCAGGGCUAAGCAAACUGUGGUUCUGGGGCCACAUCAUCCUGAAGGCUGUUUUUGCAACUCUAGACUCCUCCUAGACUUCUUGGAUCAUACUUUGUUUUCCCCAGAAAGCCUCCAGCAGUGGCAAUUACCAUUCCAACUGGGUGGCAGGACCUCCCUGCACUGUCCCAACAGCAAAAGCAUACCUAUUUUUCAGAACAAAAAGUGGUUUGGGGCCACUUCCAGGAAAUAUGGGGCAUUUUUGGCAUCCAUCAGGCCCUGCCAGGAUCCAAAGGGCAAAAAAUCGCCAAUCCUGGUCUAGAAAGUUUAGAAUGAAUCUUCCUGAAUAUCAGUUGCAUGGCAACUUGUGAAAGCAUGAGUGAAAGCACAAGAUUCCCCAAAGCUGAAGCUGUGUUGCUUGGUUACAUCUUAAAGGUCUAUUAAUCUAAUGUGGCAUUUUCCAUUUAUGCCUGAGAUAACCUGAAUAUGCAUUGUGGGGACGACACCAACAAAAAAAAUGCCCUUUCAAGAAUUUUAGAAUGGGAAGGUGCAGUUUUCUCAUAAGCACCACUCAUACAAUGCAUUUACGGUGCCAGAAGAAAGAGGAAAACCUGUUAACUAAUGGAGUUAGGACCAAUUCUUCCUUCAAGCAAUUUUGCAAAGCCAGGAGGAAGAAUAUCUGACUGCAUAGCAUAGAUCAAAGCAGAAUUUGGAACACAGCCAUUUCAUAAAAUAUGCAUAUGUCAUUUUAUGCACAUUUACAAAACAUUACUGCCUUACUUUGAAUAUGGAAGACGUAUCCAUGAAACUUCCUAAAGCACAUGUGCUAGUUUUGUUGUGUAUGCAGUCUGCAAAAUCCUUUUUUAAAAAAAGAAAAGAAAGAAUUAAUCUGAACCAAAUGAAUUAUUUGUCUUUAAAGUGCUAUGGGAAGUUGGAUCCCUUUCAAAAGUGGAAAUUGAUUAACACUGGAAUUUGGGAAAAUGUUGAUACAGUAUGAUGCAGUAGUCUGAUAUUUUAAUAACUGACUACUACGAUUCAAAAUGGAGUAUGGUGCAGUACCCACUUUAUCAUCCUGUGUUUCUUUUUUUCUUUGUUUUAAUGCACAAUGCUUUAGAAAUAUAUCACAGCUAUGCACAAACUUGCUCAGACUAUAUUUGAGCAGUUUACAUAUAUACAGGGGAACUAUCAUCUGCUGGUUUCUGGUAUCUGAAACCUUCUUUUAAAAAAUACAUGAUUUUUUUUUAAAAUAUAAAAGCUGUUUGAGUUAUUGCUGGGAACAGUUCCUUUGUUUAGACUGUGCAGAGAAUUAUCCCUCCUCCACAAGUUUAAAAUCAACAUUCGCAUAAAUGUGUUAACAUCAGUUUUGGGUUUUAGUUAGGUUGGAUUCUUGCCUCUUUUUGUGGGGUUUCAUUACACAUUUGCAUUGAAGGGUAAACCAGUCACAAAUUCUUAAAAUUGAAGGAAGCUCUUUCAGCUCAAUUCAGUGAAAACAUCUUCUGCAUAUCCUCUGCUGUUAAUUAUAUUCUUGGGCUGUAGGUAUGGAAAGCUUAAUGGGAAAGUUAACAAUUGCUUUUAGAAUCUCUCCUCCUUUGAGGGCAUUAUUGCAGAUAAAACAGAUACAGAUUACUUUCACAGACAGACCUGUUUUCACUUAAGAAGAGAAUUCUCUUUUCAUUGUCACAAACUCAUGUUCAUUGCUUCCAAGGCCUCAUUCUAAAUUGUUCCUGCCCAAUAAAUACAAGCCAAUUAGAACACAUGCCAGGCUUUUUCCUAUUAGGAUUAGUACACUCAACAUUUUAAACUUCUCACAAAGCAAUGAGCCAUCUCAUUAGUUCCAUCUUGUUUAUCAGCUUUUCCAAUGAUGAAUGCUCUUAAUUUAUUGUGCAAGGAAAUAUUUACUUCCCUGGUUCCUCAUGUUUGAAAACCAAUGUCAACUUUGAAAAUAAUAAAAAUAAAGCACUCAUUCAUUAAAUA